AUGCCGGAGUCAAAGAUAAUCCCAGCCCCAACAUCGGCGGUCGCAAAGCCAACCGCCACAUUCACGGGCGACGUCUACAUGGAGCUCAUCAAUCGCGACGAGCACGCCGCCAUUGCCACGGUCACCUUCACUCCAUGCGCCCGAACCCAUUGGCACACCCAUGCUGGUGGGCAAAUGAUCAGGGUUCUGUGCGGCACUGGAUGGGUAUGCGAUAAGGGCGGCGAAGCCCGCAGAAUCAAGGCUGGUGAUACGGUUUGGGCGCCUCCGGGCACAACACACUGGCACGGUGCUGAUGACGGAAGUAUCAUGUCGCAUUUUGUCGUUGGCAUUGGCGAGACUAAACGGCAUGAUGCUGUCACGGAUGAGGAAUACAACAAGCGGUCGACAGAGUAG